AAGAAGAAGAAGACGAAAAGUUACUUUUUAUUGCCCUGCUUACUAUAAACUGAUGUGACGCCGCCCUUGGAACUACACGCAACAGGAAAAAGACGUUAUCCACUCAAAGUAAAUAAACGUCGUCUCCAGAACCCUGCUGCGCGUGCGCCAUGGUCCAGAAGGUGGCGGUGAUCGGCGCUGGGCCGUCGGGCCUGAGCAGCAUCAAGGCCUGCUUGGACGAAGGCCUGGAGCCCACCUGCUUUGAGAGCAGCGAUGACAUCGGAGGCUUGUGGAGAAUUAAGGAGAAGCCGGAGCCGGGACGGGCCAACAUCUAUGAGUCGGUGGUCAUCAACUCGUCCAAAGAGAUGAUGGCUUUCAGUGACUUUCCUCCUCCAGCUGACUUUCCCAACAACAUGCACCACUCUGAGGUGCUGCAGUACCUGCGUCUCUACAGUCAGACCUUCCGUCUGCUGCAGCACAUACACUUUCAGACUACUGUGCUCAGUCUGAGGCAGAGACCUGAUUUCGCAGCAACGGGCCAGUGGGAAGUGGAAACGGAGCAGAGAGGAGGUCAGAGAGAGACCCGUGUGUUUGAUGCGGUGAUGGUUUGUGCCGGACACUUCACGCGGCCUCACCUGCCCCUCAGGGACUUCACAGGCUUCGAGAGCUUCCACGGCAAAUAUUUCCACAGCUGGGAGUACCGCAGCGCCGAGGGUCUGCGGGGCAAACGGGUGCUGGUGAUCGGGGUUGGAAACUCGGGAGGCGACAUCGCCGUGGAAAUCAGUAGCGCUGCAGAGAGGGUGUAUCUGAGCACCCGGAGCGGAGCCUGGAUAGUGGGUCGUCUGGGGCCGGGGGGGCUCCCCGGGGACCUGAUUGGGACCUCUCGAAUGGAUAUGAUAAUCUUUAAGCUCUUCCCCGGAUGGAUCAACAGGAAGUUAGAGAAGGCAGUAAACAAAACACUUGAUCACAGACUUUAUGGCCUGAAACCAAAACAUGGCUUUUUUGCACAGAUCCCUUUAGUCAACGACGGCCUGCCGGCUCGGAUCAUCUCAGGCCGUGUUGUGGUGAAACCCAACGUCAAGGAGUUCAUUGGGUCCAGCGUGGUCUUUGACGAUGGGAGCACAGUGGAGAAGGUUGACGUGGUCGUGUUUGCCACAGGUUACAACUACAGCUUCCCCUUCCUGCCCCCGGCCCUGCAGGCUAAAAGUGGUUACAGGCUGCACCUCUACAAGCACGUGUUCCCUCCUGCACUAGCCCGGCCCACGCUGGCCGUGGUGGGCUUCAUCCACGCCUUCGGGGCCAUCAACCCCAUGGCUGAGAUGCAGGCCCGCUGGGCUGCCAGAGUUUUUAAAGGCCUAAUCACCCUGCCCUCGGAGGAAACCAUGACAAAGGACAUUCAGAGAGAAACAGCAUUGAUGCAUAAGAGGUUUGUCUGCUCAGAGCGUAACCCACUGCAGGUGGUCCAUCUCCCUUACUUGGACAGCCUGGCAGAGCAGGUGGGGGCUCGCCCAAACCUAGCCUGGCUGUUCCUGACGGACCCCAGACUGGCGCUGGAGGUGUUUAUGGGCCCUUCCACUCCUUACCAGUACCGUCUGACCGGGCCGGGCCGUUGGGCUGAAGCCCGCCGUGCCAUUCUUACCCAGUGGGAUCGUGUGGUGCAGCCUUUCAGGACCAGAGUAGUAGCAGAACCUGAGACCAGACCCUAUUCUAAACUAAGCAUAAUGUUGGUUUUCUCCGGUGCCGCCCUGCUUGGCUGCCUCUGCUACUGUAAACAUCCUGGAUCCUCUGUCUUCCCUGUUUUGUCACAGUUUAGGUCUCCUCAUUAACUUACAUUGCUUAAUCUGACACCAUGUACCUCAAUAAUAGAUAAAUUGAUAUUACAGAAUGACGUUAAUGAUACACAUUUACAUUAAAAACCCAAAUGGGUGGUUUUGCAAAAUAUCACACAAUUUUUUUAUCAAGUGCCAUUAAAAGUGUUUAAUCAGCAUAUUUAACAGUUCAGCAUAAUCUUCUGUUUUGUGUCUGUGAGGUCAUCACCAUCAUUGACUUUACACGAGUCAAAAUAAUUCAAGUUAAGCGAAGCCAGUUUGAUAUUGACAGUAGAAACACUAGUCUGUUUUUAUAAUAGAUUGUUAGAGAAUGUAUUUCACAAAAAAAUGUAAAUGCCUGUAACAUUAAACAUACUGUUAAAUAAG